AUGUGGGGUGACUCUGCAGUAAGUGCUGUGAAUGAAACCGAGCGACUCCCCGCCGUUCUCAUGGCGCGCACGCGCGGGGAUCUGCGCGCGCAUAAAUACGUCCACACGAGGAGCAAGCAUCAGACUCUAAACAAGGAUCCAGAACUCGCGACAAUGUCUGAGACCACACACGGAAAGGUGGAAGAUAAUCCCAAAAUACUGUCGGGACCCGUCUUGACUAAUUCGCCGAACGCGGUGCUCUCAAAGACUCUACUAACCAGAUACAAUGAUCUACCAUUGCCGGCUGACAAAAUCCUCGUCACCUAUAUCUGGAUCGACGGCAGCGGCGAGCAUAUGAGGUGCAAGGACCGAACAAUCACCUUCAUACCUAAGCAGCCUAAAGAUCUUCCUGUAUGGAACUUCGACGGCAGCUCUACUGGGCAGGCGGACGGACACAACUCGGACACAUUUCUAGUGCCCCGCGCCCUGUACAAAGAUCCAUUCCGUCGCGGUAACCAUCUGCUCGUUAUGUGCGACACCUAUAAAUACAACAUGGAGCCUACUAAGACCAAUCAUCGGAUAAAGUGUCAGGAGGCUUACGACAAAUGCAAGGAUGAAGAGCCCUGGUUCGGUAUCGAGCAGGAGUAUAUUCUGCUUGACUCGGAUCUCAGGCCCUUUGGCUGGCCGCCGGGCGGCUUUCCGCCACCACAGGGGCCUUACUACUGCGGCGUUGGCGCAAACAAGGUCUUCGCCAGGGAUUUAGUUGAAGCUCACUACAGAUGUUGUCUUUACGCCGGAGUACCAAUAUGCGGCACUAACGCGGAAGUGAUGCCAUCUCAGUGGGAGUUCCAAGUUGGUCCAUCGGUGGGAGUUACUGCCGCUGACGAUCUGUGGGUGGCGCGGUACAUUCUGCACAGGUUGGCCGAGGAGUACGGAGUCAUCGUCACCUUCGAUCCUAAGCCGGUACAAGACUGGAACGGUUCCGGAGCUCACACCAACUUCUCUACGAAGAAGAUGAGAGAGGAGAACGGUAUUAUUGAAAUCGAAAAGGCCAUAGACAAGCUGUCGAAGGUGCACAUGAAGCACAUCAAGGUGUAUGACCCCCGUGGGGGUAAAGAUAACGAAAGAAGACUCACCGGCCUUCAUGAAACUGCCAGUAUUAACGACUUCAGCGCCGGAGUCGCCAACCGCGGUAGCAGCAUAAGAAUACCACGCGCCGUCGCAGAGGAGAAAAAGGGCUACCUAGAAGACAGGCGACCGGCUUCGAACUGCGACCCAUACGCAGUUUGCGACGCUCUGAUGCGUACUUGCAUACUCAACGAAUAA